AUGUUGGGAAAAGAUGCUGCGACAAUUGCCUCCAGGUCAAUGGAACCAAACGGAGCGGCGGCUGACCCAGCAAGUCCUGUGGCAGCAGCCAAGUUGAACUUGAUUUCAGAAAAUGCUAUUCAAUCCGAUAAAGGGCUCUUUGCACAGCUUUCAGACAAUCCAUUUUUCACUGCUGGAUUUGGCUUAGCGGGUUUAGGAGCCGGCCUCACCCUUGCGCAGCGUGGAAUUCGACAUGGAGCCAUACUCCUGCGCAGACGGAUGCUAGUUGACGUCGAGAUUAGUAUAAAGGAUGACUCUUAUCCAUGGUUUCUGAACUGGAUGACGCUCUACCAACGCUCACAGCUUACGAACCAAACCGCCCGCGGGCAGGCCCAGACAAGUUUUAUGAACUCUCUGUUAAACAGGAUUACACCCGGCAUGCGUCACUUGUCCAUACAAACCGAGAAAGUCGAACACGCCAAUGGAGCGAUUCAUACGCAUUUCGCUCUCAUACCGGGGCCCGGAAAGCAUAUACUCCGCUAUAAGAACGCUUUUAUAUUCGUGAAUCGCGUCCGUGAAGCCAAAUCACGCGACCUGCAGACUGGACGGCCAUGGGAGACAGUGACGCUUACCACGCUAUAUUCACAAAGGCACAUCUUUGAGGAUUUAUUCAAGGAGGCACACGAGUACGCGGUGAAGACGCAUGAGGGGAAAACGGUCAUUUACAAUUCUUGGGGAGCAGAGUGGCGUCCGUUUGGUCAUCCUCGGCGGAAGAGGCCAUUGGACUCCGUCAUCUUGGAUGCUGGGGUGAAAGAGAGGAUUGUGGCCGAUGUAAAGGACUUCUUCUCAAGUGGAGCAUGGUACCAUGACCGCGGCAUCCCUUACAGGCGUGGCUACCUCCUCCAUGGCCCUCCGGGUACCGGCAAGAGCUCCUUUAUCCAAGCGCUUGCCGGCGAAUUAGACUACGACAUCGCCGUUCUCAACCUUAGCGAGAGAGGGCUGACGGAUGACCGGUUGAAUCACCUGCUCACCAUAAUCCCAGCACGUACUCUGGUACUAUUGGAGGAUGUGGAUGCUGCCUUUAGCUCACGGCGCGUACAGUCUGAUGAGGAUGGAUACCGGGGUGCGAACGUCACCUUCUCCGGCCUGCUCAAUGCACUCGACGGCGUUGCGAGUGCGGAGGAGCGCAUAAUCUUCCUCACCACCAACCAUGUCGACAAGCUUGAUGAAGCUCUAGUGCGGCCCGGCCGAGUGGACAUGACCGUUCGUCUUGGCGAAGCCACUCGAUACCAGGUGUCUCAGCUCUGGGAUAGAUUCUACGGAGAGCUCGACCAGUCUAGCGUGUAUAAGAAGGUAUUUCUCGACCGGUUAACGGAGCUCGGUAUAGUCGAAGACGAAGAUGGCCAGAAGCGUGACCGCGCUAUGGCAACUAGCGCCGCCGCCCUUCAAGGCCUGUUUUUGUAUAACAAGGGAAACAUGGACGGUGCCAUCUCGAUGAUAGAAGGCCUGGUUAACCGUGAUGCCGCAUAG